UUAAUUAAUAAAUUUUCAUAAAAUAAUGAAUUUAUCAGAUUCAGGAUAAGAAUCUACAGAUGAGAAAUCUUUUACAAUUCCAAAGCAAACAAAAGAUUUGAGAGCAUGUUAAUUAUGCGGAUUCAUUCUUACAUAAGAAUAAUGGAAUAAGAAUUCUUAAUGUUUAAAUGGAUGUAGUGCUGAUUAUACGAAAAUAUUCACAGGGUAAAUAUAGAUAUAAUUAUAGAGUAAUAUGUGUAAUGAAACCAUCAAAGAGUUGGGUGGUUAAGAAGUUAGGCAAUUAAAGAAAUAUUCAUCCUGGUUUAUAUGCAAUAGAUGUACAAGCAGAUUGAUGAAGAAAUGAAUAAUGAAAAACAUAAGAAAUGUACUUAUUGAAUGUAUAUUAUAAC